GACUUAAUAAAUCCUUGAAGCUCCCGCAAAUUCUCUCCCAUUCAUUUUCCUCACUCCUGCUCCCCACGACUACUCCUCCGCCGCGUACUUCCAUACUCGGAGAUUUCAACAGAGAUCUUGGAGUGCACGAUUCCUGGAGAAAGGAGAUUCGAAGACAGAGAUCUUGGAAGCUUUGAUUUCUUCCGCCAUUCUGAUUCGAGUUAUCACUUAUUUCGUUUCUGCUUCCUUCUGUAAUUCCAUUAUCAUCUUUCAUUUUUGGUUAGAGACGGAGGAUGUCUGAUCGCUGAUUACGGAUGGGAGACUGGUUCCUCUCAACACCCAUUAGCUUCUUCUUCCUUUGUCACUGGAGAAAUUCUCAGUAACAAGUAAAUUUCCCAAGCAUCAAACAGAGUUGGGGAUUACACAGAUAACCCGUUGAACUAGGUGAAUAACGAAUCAUGGCCGUGCUCGCGGUUCCAGACAAGGUAAAGGAGCGGUGGGAUAGAUGGAAUCUCCGGGUCGCCAUUGCUGUGAGUCUGGCACUGCAGAUUGUCUUGAUCUUUUUCUCAUCUUCAAGGAAACGAAGAGGAAAGACAUGGAUAAUUAUUGGAAUCUGGUCAGCUUACUUGCUUGCAGACUGGGUUGCUGCCGUUGCAGUUGGGUUAAUCUCUAGCAAACAGGGUAAAGAUUGCGGACCUCAUGACAAUGCUGAGCUCUUAGCUUUUUGGGCACCCUUUCUUUUGCUGCAUCUGGGUGGUCCUGAUACCAUUACUGCUUUUUCUCUGGAGGAUAAUGAGCUGUGGAUCAGGCACUUGCUGAGUCUCAUUUUACAGGUUCUGGCUGCUAUUUAUGUCUUACUCCAAACAAUUCCAGGAAACAGACUUUUGGUGCCUACCAUUCUGGUGCUAAUUGCAGGAACUAUUAGAUUUGCAGAGAGGACUCGUGCUUUAUAUCUUGCUUGUCUUGAUCAUUUUGGGGAAUCGGUUUGUAGGAAACCAAAUCCUGGUCCUGAAUAUGAAAGAGUGGUUCAGAUGUAUUCAUCAAUUACCAAAGCAAAUCUUCCGGCAAGAACAAAGAUGAUAAAAGGCCCGGAUGAAGAAUAUCAAAACUACCCAGAAGAAGUAGGAUCAAGUGAUCAAAUGAGUUCCAGAGCAGUAUUGCAGUAUGCGUUCACAUUUUUUAACAGUUUCAAGGGGCUAAUUGUAGGUCUUCUUCUGGGCUCACAAGAACGCCUUGCCAGUCGAGAAUUCUUUCUCAAUAGAAACUCUUUUGAUGUUUUUCGGAUACUGGUUGUGGAGCUUAGUCUCCUCUAUGAGGUUCUUCAUACUAAGAUUGUGGUGGUGCGUUGCAAGAAAGGCUACUUCUUCCGCAUUGUUAAUUUCAUCUGUAUUUUGGCAGCUUCUAUCUCAUUUGCCUUCAUCAGUAAAGAUGGGUAUAGAAAGAUAGACAUUAUAAUUACAGUAGCUUUGCUUGCGGGAGCAAUUGCUUUGGACAUCAUAUCUUUCGUAAUGCUCAUUUUCUCAGAUUGGACUAUCAUUGCUCACAGCAAUGGGAUAGUCCCAUAUAUUGAAUCCAUGGUUAUUGAGAGACGCCGAUGGUCUAAUUUAGUUGGCCAGUACAAUUUUAUGAGUUGGUGCAUUCAUGAUUAUCCAGAAUCUUUCAGCAAAUUGAUUGAAGUUUUGGGUGUUAAGGGAAUGUUGGACACCAUAAAAAUCGCACUGUACUCAUCUGGCAAAGAAUUAGACCCCAACGCAUGGCAUCUCAUUUUCAAAGAGCUCAAACAUAAAGCUCUGACUGCAAAGACUGUAGAACUGGGGAAGAAGAUAUGUCUGCAAAGAGGUGAUGGGAUUUCUAAGUGAUACUCCGAAUAGACACCUUAAAUGGAGUGUGUCAGAUAUCGAUAUGUAGAAAGCCUUCUUCUGUGGCACAUAGCUACAGAUAUAUGCCACAACAAUAUGAUAGUUCUGAAGAUGAGAAUAGAGACUUAUGCAACUUGCUUCACAUU